AUGUCGAUUACAGUAUUUGAAUUGUCACCCGAUGACAAUUACAACGUUUUCCCUAUUAGGACUCUUGUGGGAGUUAAGAUUCCUAAUUGCGUAGGAAUUCUAAAGGGUGAACAAUUGUCAGCAGUAAGGAAGAGCACAUUCCCGAGGACUAUGCCCGAGGACACAUGUUUGCAAUAUGCGAAGCGUCAUGGAGAUGUGGUCAGGAUGUCUAGUAGUAGCAGUAGUGAGUCUUCGUCCUCAUCCUCGAGGAGUACUCCUAAGGACAUAGGAUGCUCGAUCAUACCUAUGGCUGUCCCAAUUAAUGCCCAACCUCGGGCACAAAGUAUCCCGACCCCUUUUAGGUAUCCCGAGGUCCCCUGUAAAUUUAAAGAACAUCUAGCGAUAUCGACGGCUAGGGAGCAUGGGCUCAUGCCCAAAUGCGACGUUAGGACGCCAGGGGCCACUGAGACUCCUACUGGUCCACCUCGAUCACAUCCUCGGCCAAGGAGUACUCCCGAGGUUGUUGACCUCGAUGAUGAGGUUAGGCCUAUGCCCUCUUUCCAGAAUCAGGAGCCUGACUGGUGUCCUCUGGUGUCAAGCAUCGUGGACAAGUAUAGGAAGGACCUCGAUUUUGAUGAGGGCAUGAAGGCUCUGGAAUCCCUUACUCUGAAGGCUUUGAGCAUUGCCCGAGGCCUUUCUCUGAAGGGGAAAGACGAGGCCCAAAAGACCACCGAACUCGAGGACUCUUCUCGAGCACAGGAGAAGAGGAUAGCCGACUUGGAGGCUGAACGCUUUCUUCUUCAGAAGGAGCUCGAGAAUUCGAAAAAUGAUGCCCAGAGAGCUCGAGAAGAGGCUGGAACUGCUAAGGCCGACUCUGAAGGUUUAAAGCUCGAGAUCGAGCGUUUGAAGGCUGAUUUUGAGACUCGCCUGGCUGAAGCUCGAGGGGUUGCGAUCGAGGACUUUAAAAUGUCCAAGGAGUUUAACGGCCUUAAAGGAGAGUAUGCCAUGGGCUCGUACUUCCAUGCCUUCAAGGAAGCUCGGGCAUUUUUGAGAUCGAAGCCCGAUGCUAACCCCGAGGAUCUAAAGAACAUCCCCGAGAUUGCUGAUACCCUCGAGCUGUCAGAGUCCGAGGACACCGUCGAGGACCAAGAGGUCGACGUCGACGGCGAGGACGCGGUGGAGGAGCAGGGGGGCACAGCCUCGGGGGAAGGGGCCGAGGACUUAGAUUAG